GAUGUAACAAAACCCCAGAAUCAUCUUUCUUAUUCUUUAGAAGAGUUAGAAUAGCAGAACAAGAGAAGCCCCCGAUACUACAGUGCAUUGCAUACCUCAGAGGAUCGUCUGUCUGAGUUGCACUUGUUUUCCGGUAUUACUGUUUCAUUCUUUGGAGGAUUACAAUGAGUGGUGUGCAACUGCAAACUGCAUCCCCUGCCUCGACCUUACAAGGGUCACAGAAAAAUGAAUGUUCAGUUACCGUAGCAACUGGUGCGGAUUCAAAGCCUAAGAAGAAAAUCUGCUGUGCUUGCCCUGACACUAAAAGGUUGCGAGAUGAAUGCAUAGUGGAGCAUGGUGAAGCAGCUUGUGCAAAAUGGAUUGAGGCUCACCGUCUGUGCCUCCGUGCUGAGGGAUUCAAUGUUUGAGUUGGUGAUGAGGAAAAAGAGAAAAAAUAAAUAAAUUAGUAGAAUAACUCAAUUGAUUUUAUGAAAUUGAUAAACAUUUUGGAACACAGUUUUCAGGUUGAUUGUUGAAAUUUUGAAUAAAUAUAGUGAAAUUGAUUGCAACAUGCAAUUCAUAAUUUAUUAACUUCUAGCUCUGUGAUUCAGCAGGUACUACCCCGUUAGUUUUGUUGAGACUGAAAUAUUUAAAUUAAAAUACAAACUUUUAUGCUUUCACUUGCUAGCUGCGCUUUAGUUUAUGUUGUGGAGUGUAGCAGUUAUUUAUUUAUUUUACUCAAAUCAAUUGGUUGGCAGAAAUUUCCUUACCCAUUUUUUCCUCCACUUUUUCUUGUUUGUCCCUUCUCAUUAAGAGCGACUAGUAAGCAUAGUUAUUAAAGAAAUUUAAAGGUGCAGGAAUUGUCAUUGUUUCUUAUUGUUUUCUCCCUCAAUGCUUUUGUGGUUAUGUGCUGCACUAGAAUAUGGAGCAAGGUUUACAAUGCUUUGUUCUGAAACUUGAACCAAAUUGCGCUGGAGCAAUAGAGUAAAUCAUGAUGCAUAGAUAUCUAACUGAGUGUCUUUAGAUGGGUAUUGCAAGUGUAUAUUGGAUGGGCAAUAUAGGCUGAAUAUUAUAAAAUUUGUGCAUUAGCAACUGCACUACGAGUUAAGAGAGAGUGGAGAGAAAAUUAGUUAUUAAUAGUUGGAGUGAGUAGUUAGUUAGUUAGGGAGUCAAUGACUUAAAUAAGGAAAAACCUUCGGAAAAGAGAUAUCUCUCUGAUUUUCUAUUAUUUUGCAAUCAAGAAAUACAAUUUUUUUCUUUUCUUCUAAUUGAUACCAAUUAAGCUUAAAGGGGAGUUUUAUUGUACUAUUAUAUGAUUAAUUAUCUUCUAUAGUAGUCUAUUUGGGCUUUAAAGGAAUGGAACAAGAAGAAAAAGAAAAGAGUUGCAAAAAUAAAAAUCUUAAAAUGAAUAUGUAAUCACAAAAAAAAAAAGAAAUAAAGAAAUAACAAAUGAAUUUAUGUAAGAAGAUAUUUAAUUGAAGAGAAGAUGACAGAAAAUCGACUAAAAUAGUUUGAACAUGUACGGAGGUCAUUGGAGGAAUAAUGAGAAGAGCAAAUUGCAUAGAUUUUAGUCUUGUGAAGAGGAGUAGAAGGGGACGUAAAAGAACUUCAAAAAAUAUUAUUAAAUGAAAUAUUAUUUUUGCAAAAUUUUUUAACCAAAUUUAAUAGCAUCGGGUGAUUUCUGUGGCCAAUUUCACCUGAUAGUAUAUUGGUGUUUUUUUUACCCAUGUUUUUAACAAACUAAUUCAAUUUGUCUCUAAGUUCAGGCAAUGUGAAUCUGCAAGAUACAAAUGAGUAUAGAUAUGGAGAUGAUAAACAAACAGCACCCGCAAAGAAGUGCUACUCUUUUUAUUAUCUUUACAUCUACACUUACUAUCGACUUUCUGAAGUCUGAACAGUUAAGUGUCAUGUCCAUUCACCUUGACAUUGAAUAGAUUUCAUUCCUGUGAUCACUAUUUUUCUUCCAAAAUUUGUCUUUUUUUAUGUGUAUAAAAGCUUUAUGCCGAUGAAGAUGAUAGUGUU